CGUUCUUUAGUUUUUCGUUAUUGCGGCAUAGAGCUGGCUUUUGGCCGUUGGUGAGCCAGCAGUAAACUCUUUUUUGUUAAACCGAGCGCCUUUUCAAUGUCAACGACACGCCGUCAGUUCGCAUUUAGUAGCCGUGUGUAGCGCAUCGUCGACCCCUGGGACCGGACCGUCAGCAUUUACAUCAUCGUCAUCAAUAACAAUAACGACACCGUCAUGGCCAGUGGUGCUUUUAAUCGUGUGCUUUCCAUCCAGAGCCACGUCGUGCAUGGGCAUGUGGGUAACAAGAGUGCCGUAUUUCCGCUGCAGGUGCUUGGGUUCGAAGUUGAUCAAAUCAAUUCGGUACAGUUUUCCAACCACACCGGCUAUAAGAACGGGUUCAAGGGGCAGGUGCUAAACGAGAAGGAGCUGGCGGACGUGUAUGCCGGGCUUGUUGACAAUGAUUUGCACAAACUCUACACCCAUCUGCUCACUGGAUACGUGGGCAAUCCGGCAUUUCUGCGCGAGAUCGCAUCCAUCCUGCGGUCGCUUCGCGGUGUGAACGAGAAAUUGAUUUACGUAUGCGACCCGGUAAUGGGAGACGAUGGCAUAAUGUACGUGCCGAAGGAAUUGCUGCCGAUCUAUCGCGAUGAAAUUGUCCCGCUUGCGGACAUCAUUACACCGAACCAGUUCGAGGUGGAGCUGCUCACCGGAAAGCAAAUCAAGACCGAGACGGACAUCUGGGACGCGGUGCAAUGGUUCCACGAGAAGGGUGUCCGAACCGUGGCCAUCUCAUCGUCGGAGCUGGGCUCGAAGGACACACUGCUGGCGUACGUGAGCAAUCGCACCGCCGCCGGUACGGAAAAGUACCGACUGACCAUUCCAAAGCAGGGCAACAAUCUGAUCCGCUUCACCGGCACCGGAGAUCUGUUUGCGUCGCUCUUUUUAGCGCACUCGGCCCUGACCAACUAUGACGUGGGCGCUACACUGGAGCGGGCCAUCGCAACGCUGCAGGCGGUGAUCGCGAAAACGCUCAGCUUCAUCCCGGAACCGGUGCUGCAGGGCAAGGUGCCGGUAACGUCUCAGCAGCGCGAGCUGAAGCUUAUCCAGAGUAAGGCCGACAUCGAACAGCCGAAAAUUACGCUCAAGUGUGAAAAGUUGUAAGCAACACUUAGGACACCUAGGCUCUGGACGAUGGUAACGAACGAAGGACGUAUUUUAUCCACUAUGUGACGAUUGUGACAAUAUUUUGUGUAUGUUGUGUUUGUGAAAAUUGUACGCUUUCAAUGGUAAACGGCACUGGGAGUGUUUAAAUAUAGUAACUGUGAAACGAUA